UCUACUCCUACUCCUAGUUGCAUGAUGGUUCUAGACAGCGUAAUAAAUUCACCCCACCGGAGGUCACAAACCGCAUUUUCUUCACCGUCAUUCAGAAAGCAAUCCGAAUUGGGUAGCUUUUCGACAAUCAUUAGGCGCCACCAAUUCCUGCUAACGGCCCUCGCCCUCCUUGCUUUCCUCUGCACGGUUUAUCUUUACUUUGCCGUAACUCUAGGGGAAGAUAACUCGUGUUCGGGUUUGACUGUGACUCAAAAGGCGUUGUGUCAUGCUCAACACGUAAAACAAACGGUUGCCAAAGGGAAAAUGAAAAUUCUCUAGCGAAUAGAAGAACUCGACAACUAUAUAUAGUCAGUAAAAACUAAAUCAAAUGAAACCAGUAAAUCUCACAGUCUUUUUUCAUCUUAUCUGUUUAGGGUUCUUUUUCUAGGAUUCUACUAAAAACAAAGAAUUUGUCGACUCAUUUUUAGUGAUUUGCAGCAGAAAGAAAUGUGUAUUUAACCUAGAAACAAUUAAUUAUGUCCUUGGUAAAACUAGUCUUUUUUAUUGUAAUUUUU